AUGCUUCCGCCGAGCACAAGUCCAACCGAGACCAGGGACCUCAGAGGAAGCAGUGCCGCGGAGGGCAGUCGUGGCAUGGACGCCGAGGCACCGACGUGCCGCAUCUGCUACCGCGAAACAGUCAGCGCCGAUGAGGAACUUGGACCUCUGGUGUCCCCUUGCUGUUGCAGGGGCUUGAUCGGCUUCGCCCACGAGCGAUGCCUGGAGAAGUGGCUCCGAGAAAAGGACACUAAACAUUGCGACGUCUGUCUGCAGCGCUUUUCCGUGCAACGCAAGCCUGUGCCUCUCUGGCACUUUUUCCGAGAUCCAAACCACCGGAAUGACGUCUUGCGCAUGGUGGUAAAUGCGCUGUCGUGCAUAGGCGACAUCAUGAUGCUGUCGUUCGCUUGGACCUACGCCAGCGGCUUCCUUGGCAGCGUGGGAUGGCUAACCUACGUGUUCAUCUUAGGCGUGCUGCUCUUCCAGACUAUCUUCUGGAUGAUGGUCGAGUUUAUACGAAUCAUGGCGUGCUACGAGCCCGUGCGCAAGUGGAGGGAUAAAACGUGUUCCCUCGAUGCCGUGCUGAAAGGCAAGGACUCCGCUGAUCCCGCUCCAUCGGCUCGCGGGCUGGAGGUGGUGGUCCUGCAAGAGAAGAACCUGGCCCCGAAUGAAGGCGGUCCAGGUUCGGGCACACAUUCACCGAUGCAAUCUCGGGAAAGCUCGGACCUGCAGCACAAACUCUGGGCCAUCCAGCGAGCCGAGAAAGCCGCCAAGGGCGAACAACCCAUGGCCGAAACCUAG